CGAUUACAUAAUGCAUUUGCUAUAAAAUCCUCUUCAUCGUCUCCAAUUCUUUUCUGCCUUGUCUCUCUCCUGACAAACAGAUUUCUUCCAGUGAUUGUCUCGAUGCUGGCGUUUACUGCGAGUUCUGUUGGAAUCUUACCUCUAGCAGCUCCAGUUAAAACAAGGAGUGCACGCAAGGGUCAAAAGGAAACAAGCUGUAGUCCCGUCAGUGUUUCCACUCAGCUUCAACCUUAUGAUUAUCGAAGUGGGUUUAAUAAUAUUGCUCUCAGUUCAAUAGGGUUUGAAAAGCAAUUAUGUCCAAUUUAUGGAAGGAAACAUUCCAAUAGAAAACAGUCUGCUUCUAUUACAUGUUCUGCUAUGAAUGCAAGAUGCUCUGCUUCAGGCCAAACUCAAACCGUUACCCGUGAGGCACCAACGAUCACAAAGGCUCCUGUACGAGAACCAACCAAGACCCCACAACUUGAUGAUGGGGGACCCGGACUCCCACCUGGUGGUGAUGAUGGUGGCGGAGGUGGCGGAGGUGGUGGGGGAGGAAACUGGUCAGGCGGAUUCUUCUUUUUUGGUUUUCUUGCAUUUCUAGGCUUUUUAAACGAUAAAGACAGUGAGGAGGACUACCAGGACAGUAGAAGAUAAAAGAGCACUUGAAAACAAUAUUUUUUUGAUGCUUCGAUUCUGACAUUCUGCUAUAUUCUUUUUGAUUGAUUAUUAGCUAAUUAAAGGAAUGAAAGAGAUUAGUGAUCCACUUGUAACGUCUUCUCACCAACUUCCAAUGAAGUAGUUAAAACGUUAUUUCAA